AUGGCAGCCAAUCUGUCAUCCUCCGUCUCCAAAGGUGUGUCAUCAACGCGCGACAUCCCCGACCCUUCAGAUGUUGUCCUUACGCAAGACUGCCUUGCAUGGUGCUCUGGUCGUCGCUUUGGGCUUCUUUUAGACCAGCCCUCAGAGUCUGGUCGUCGCCCCAAGCUCAAGCUGCCUCUGCCUACGUCCGACACCGCAUCGCGGGCCCUUCCCUUCAAGCCCUUCAGGGGCUGCCGCCCAUCGCCAUGCCGCCUCCGACCUAUCCCAAGUCCCUACGCCGCCGCGUUGUACUUGUGCCGUCUGGUGCCCCUCGACGCCUUCAAUGUUUGCUUGAGCGAACGCUUACGCGCUCCGUUGCAGUUAUGGGGAAACCCUGAUCAUAUGAGAAAUGUCGCCAAGAGCCUGCGCAGCCUGUAUCCCUCGAGCGAGCUGCGCUUGUUGUUUGCAAAGCGCAACAUUGGCAGCUUUACCUAUGAUGGCAUUGAGCGCGGUGGCGAGCGCAUCUGUUCCGAGAUUGAGGAGGAGUUGCGCGCCGUUGAGGACAGCGGCGGCAAGAUCACCAAGAUCAGCAUCGUUGGAUAUUCUCUCGGAGGGCUGGUCUGCCGCUAUGCUAUUGGCUUGUUGUAUGCCAAGGGCAUCUUGGACCAGCUUGAAUGCAUGAACUUCGCCACGUUUGCCUCACCCCAUCUCGGGGUUCGCACACCCCUCAAGGGCUGGCACAACCACAUCUGGAACGUCAUGGGAGCCCGCACUCUAUCCAUGUCUGGAAGACAGUUGUUCACCAUUGACAACUUUCGCGACACUGGCCGCCCGCUGCUCUCCGUCCUGGCAGAACCAACCUCCAUCUUCAUGCUGGGCCUGCGCAAGUUCAGACGCCACACCCUGUACACCAACAUCAUCAACGACCGGAGUGCCGUCUACUACACCACCGGCAUCACAAAGACCGACCCGUACCGCAAGCUGGACACGGUCAAGGUAAACUACCUCAAGGGCUACAAUGGGGUCCUCCUCGAUCCCGCCAACCCGGUCCAACCGUCGCCCAAACUCCGCGGCCCAGCCACCAUCUCCUCCGUGACGGGCUCCAUCGUCGACUGGAUCAAACGCAUCCCUUUCAUGAUCUCGGUCGCCGUUUUCGUCCCCAUCGGCGUCCUCGCCUACCUCUGCAACUCCGUCAUCCAAAACAUUCGUAGCUCAAAGCGGAUCCGGCUCUACGAGCAGGGCCAGGCAGGCGUCAGCAUAGAUGGGUACCGCGUCCCCGUCUUCAUCAAGGAGCUUCGUGAAGAAGUCGAAAACACGUACGAGGCACUCAACAGCUCCCAGAACCAAGAGUACCUGGCCACCGAGGACGAGGACGACGUCGACGCCAUGAGCCCAGAAGACAGAAGGCUGAUACAGCGCGAGAGAAGGCUGUCCACGCCAACCCAGCCGACGCUUGCGCUGACGCCGCACCAGUUUGAAAUGAUUCGGUCACUGGACACGCUAAAGUGGAGGAAGUACCCCGUCUGGAUCCACAACCAUAGACACAGCCAUGCGGCCAUUAUUGUGCGCAUUGAAAAGAAGGCGUUUGACGAAGGGUGGAUCGUGCUGAAACACUUUGCCGAGGAGGAGUUUUUGGUCUAA